AUGGCCAUAGAUCGUUAUUAUUCUGUACGUUCAAUUAAAGUUGCCGGCCCUUCAAGUAGAUCAGGAAAUUGUGUUCGGGCACUCUUAAUCUCCGUCCUUAUUUGGGUUCUUUCUCUUCUACUUUCGUUCCCUUUACUCAUUUAUUAUCAAAUCAACAUGCUUUAUGUAUUUAAAGAUGUUUAUGUAUUAAAAGAGGAAAAUUCAAAACCAGAAGGAAAUUCAACUCUUGUAGAAUUAAAAAGUUAUGGUUGGAGACAAUGCCGUUUAACAACUACGAGUGAUACUGUUGGGGGACACGGAACUUUUAUUCAUUAUGAUGAGGGGAUAGUUAAUGAAAGGAUGUUAGGAAUGUCAUUAAUGCAAGCAUUGAUGCUUUACGCUGUUCCUCUCGUUGUUCUCUUAAUUUUUAAUCUUAAAUUAACACGAUUUUUGGAAAAGAAUUCAAAAAAUAUGAAUAAUCGUUUACCUAAAAUGUCUGUCUCUGCAACACAACAAAAUAGAGUUGAAAAGAUGGAUCGUCGAACAUCAGAUAAUGAGUCUUUAAGUUGUGCAGAAAAACUUAUGGAAAAUUCAGAUGGUCAACUUAAAGGGGUAAAUAGUACAAAAUCUGGCAGUCUUGUGUCUGGAGUAGCAGUUGCUUCUUCCAUAACAAAUAAUUUAAGAAAGAGUUCUGGAGGGGCUUUAAUUAACAAUCAACAGAAAAGAAGAAAUAAAACAACAUCUCUUUUGAUUGCCAUGGCUGGGUCUUAUGCAUUUUUGUGGUUCCCAUUUACUUUAAUAUCUGUUCUGAUUGAUCUUGAUUUAAUGAUUUCAAUUUUAUCAAUUUGUGUAAAUCCUUUCCUUUAUGGAUUUUUAAAUACAAAUUUUCGUUCUGAAUUUAACGAAAUAUUUAUUAAAUGUAUUCAUUGCCUUCCUUUAAUUCUUCGACAAACAAUAGAAAAGAAGCAAUCAACAAAAAUACAAAUUGUGGGAAUUAAAAGAAGAAGUGUUAGCAUUAAAAGAAGUAAUUCAAAUAGUAAAAAGAAUUGUUUUGAUAAAAAUAAAGAUGUAAUUCUUUAA